AUGGCGGAUAGCCAGGAAGAUCUUAUUGCGACGUUUUGCGCUGUGACAAGUGCAGAAGUUGGUACUGCCGAACAAUAUUUACAAGCUGCCGAUUACAAUCUUGAAAAUGCUGUAGAAUUGUUUUUUGCUUCUGGUGGCGCUAGUAUCGCGACCCAGAACACCGUCAUCAACAAUGACGAUGUGGCGGCGGCCGAGGCUGCUCAGGCAGCUGAAUACGCUGAACCCGAAGUUCGCGAACGUAUUGAACGCCGUGUUGACCGCUUAGUCGACCCAGAUGUACCGAGGUUUGUUUUUGGUAACGAGCCCCCUAUCCCCAGUGCACCCAGGGGUAUCUUCAACCAGGGACGUAAUAUGGAUUUUGCGCAGAACAUGUCCCCUCAUGAGCGCAGGCUCGCAGAAUUGUUCAGACCGCCUUUUGACAUGAUGGAGGACUUGGAUCUUGACAGUGCGAAGCAAGAGGCUCAAGAGGAGAAGAAGUGGCUGCUAGUUAAUAUUCAAGACACCACUGAAUUCUCAUGCCAACGCCUCAAUCGUGAUUUAUGGAGGCACGAAAGUGUUAAAGUGGUUGUCAAAGAGAAUUUUGUUUUUUUACAGUACGACAACGAUUCCACUGACGGCCAAAUGUACCGCUCUCUAUACCCUUUCGAAACCUUUCCCCACAUGGCUAUUUUGGACCCAUGGACCGGUGAACAACAGAAAGUUUGGUCAAAAGUUCCAAGUGUCGAACAUUUUUUGGAGGAUUUGGUCGAGUUCCUAGGUCAGCCCGGGUCAGUUGAACAAGCACCCCAGGAGCCUUUGUCUGUUAAAGGCACCGCUAGUAAUACAACAAUUACGCAAGUGCCAGAACCGGAGAUUGUUGCUGGACAAGAAAAGCUUGCCGAAGAUGGGGAAGAAGAAGAAGAAGAAGAAAAAGAAGAACAAGAAGAAGAGGAAACAACCCCAGAAGAUCCCGUUGCCUCCAUCGAGCCUCUGGACAUCCCAGAACCGGAUCCUGGGGCAGAUGUAACUCGCAUCCAACUACGAUUGAGUGAUGGCCAGCGUAUUGUUCGCAGGUUCAAGGUCUCCACAAAAGUGGCUGAGAUAUUUGCUAUUAUCAAGCACUUGAAACCAGAGUUUGCUGGAAAAUCACUAGUUUUGACGGCGGGCCGUCAAAAUCUUAGCUCUGAACUUGAAAAGACUAUCGAAGAAGCUAACCUGAAAAAUAGUACGGUACUUGUUGAGAGUUAG